AUGGAUCAGCUUAGCGCACUGCUUUUCGGAUCAUCUGACCCAUCUUUGUUGACGUCAGCGCUGCAGAGGUUUGCGCAAUCGAUCUACAGAAACCCACUCAACCUCAUCCUCUUGCUGGCAAUUGUCUAUGUUGCCUUUCCUCUCGUUCGUCCUUCCUCUCCUAAGUCUUCUCGCUGGACACCGACUGUCGCCGAAGCACGCUCACACCUUGCUGCGCCUUCGGAUCGGUACACUUACCUUCCACCCAAUCACCCCGACACGGUGGAAUGGACAAAGUACACACCGCGAACAUUGGCCAUUUAUGACGGUACCGGCACUACCGACCAGGACGGAUCACGCAUCUUGCUCGCCAUCAACCGGAAGGUGUUCGAUGUCACCAAGGGAAAGAACUUCUACGGCCCUGGGGGUCCUUAUGGCAAUUUUGCCGGUAGAGAUGCAAGCAGAGGCAUGGCCAAACAAAGCUUUGAUUUGGAAAUGCUGACGCCCCUGGAUAAGCCUAUUGACAAACUCGAAGAUUUGACUGCUAGCGAAGUCAAAAACAUGAAAGAGUGGGAAGGGCACUUCACAGGCAAGUACGGCAUCGUCGGUGAGCUCAUCGACGAGACCGAAGCAUAA